AUGGCCACUAUCGUUAAUCAAUUAAGCUCCGUCACCAAAGACCUGGAUGCCCUGAACUUAGCGAUGCGUGACAUAUCUUUGUCCGAGACCGAUCUGCAAACAUUGGAAAUGGUCGCUGCGAACCUCAAAGACAUCCUUGUGGUAAUUGAAUCAAAAACAGGGCUUCGAAAAUACUCAUGGACGGAGCAGGCUUGGAAGGAUAGUGAGCCUCACAGACUCAAAGCGCAAGCUAUUAUUGCCGCAGUACUCAGCAAAAAACGAUUGCAAAAUCCAGCGGUAUUCCGUAGGAACAUAAAGUUGAUCUAUUGCGGGUCACCGCAGUCUGAGUUCGAUUCCAAGGACACUACAUGGAGGAGAGGCGUGGUGCAGAAAAGAUGUUCUAGGAUUCAACAACUGAGCCCAGAUGGAAUAAUCUCGUGGGCAAUUGCUUAUCCUCCAACCACAUGGGGACCAUGCUUUAUGUCGAAUGAGAUUUUUGACUGCCUGAUAGAGGAUAUUGAACCAAGAGAUAGGAAGACAUGGCCUGAUGCAGUAUGCCAAACACUUUACAGACUGAGAGAUGGGGAAGUUCAGGGGUGCUACGGUCUUCAGCAGCUUGUGCAUGGUAAGAUGACAUUUCGCCGAGGCAUUUCCGUAACUAACACUCCGCUAGAUCUAGAGUAUCCGCAAGAUGAGUUCACUGAUCAUGAAACACCUGUUCAGACCGUCCAAACAGCGCCACGGAAUCCCGAUAACGAAAAUCGAGGUAAGAACAUCGCCUGCGUUGCCGAAUAUUUUUUUGAUUAUCUGCAGAGAUGA